AUGUAUUCUCCGAUUUGUCUUACUCAGGAUGAAUUUCAUCCCUUCAUCGAGGCACUUCUCCCUCACGUCCGUGCCAUAGCCUACACGUGGUUCAACCUCCAGGCCAGAAAACGCAAGUACUUCAAGAAGCACGAGAAGAGGAUGUCCAAGGACGAGGAGCGCGCGGUGAAGGACGAGCUUCUGGGCGAGAAGCCUGAGGUAAAGCAGAAAUGGGCGUCCAGGCUGCUGGCCAAGCUGCGUAAGGACAUUCGGCAGGAGUACCGAGAGGACUUUGUCCUCAGUGUGACGGGCAAGAAGCACCCAUGCUGCGUGCAGUCCAACCCGGACCAGAAGGGCAAGAUCCGCCGGAUCGACUGCUUGAGGCAGGCCGACAAAGUCUGGCGUCUGGACCUGGUGAUGGUCAUCCUCUUCAAAGGCAUCCCUCUGGAAAGUACAGACGGGGAGCGCCUCGUCAAGUCUCAACAUUGCACCAACCCCACACUUUGUGUCCAGCCGCACCACAUUACAGUAUCGGUCAAGGAGCUGGACUUGUUUCUAGCAUACUAUGUCCAGGACCAAGACUCGCAGCAGUCAGGAAGUCCCAGUAACAAUGAGCAAGGCAAGAACCCUCUUCCAGUCUACUUGGAGGACAGCUUCAUCAAAUCAGGAGUCUUCAGUGUUGCAGAGCUGGUGCGAGUGUCCAGAAUGCCCAUCAUCCACGGUGCUGCGGUGAACUUCUCCAUGACCGACAUGCCCAGCCAGCCCUACUACCACGACCUGAACUCCAGCGCGGGGCUGCACCGCUCCCUGUCCUCCCCGCCCGGCAGCAAAAGGCCCAAAACGGUGAACAUGGAUGAGAACAUGGACACGAGCCCGACGGGACCCGACUUCUACUCAUCACCCAGCUCUCCAGCCAGCAGUCGGGCCAACUGGCACGACAGAGACGGAGCAGACAUGUCCUCUCCCACCAUGAAGAAGCCAGAGAAGCCGCUGUUCAGCCCCACCUCCCCGCAGGACUCCUCGCCACGACUCAGCACUUUCCCUCAGCCUCAUCACCCCGGCCUCACAGGUGUAGGACACAGUGUUAUAUCGACGAGGAGCCCCCCCCCACACUCGCCCCUGCAGUUCUCGGCCUCGGCGAUCCUGCCCCCGGCGCCAUCGCCCUACUUCUCGCACACCACCAUCCGCUACCCGCCCCACCUCAACCCCUCCGAUCCCCUGAAGAGCUACGUGCCGUCAUACGACCCGUCCAGCCCGCAGAGCAACCAGCCUAACAGCAGCGGUCAGGUGGGGAAAGUCCCGGGACACUUCACCCCGGUCCUGGCCCCCUCCCCGCACCACGGUGCAGUCAGACCCGUCUCCCUCUCCAUGCCGGACACUAAGCCCAUCACCACGUCAACAGAAGGCUACUCAGCCCCUGGCACCCCGACGGCUAACCGGUUCGUCGGCCUGAGCCCCAGAGACCCCGCCUUCCUCCACCAGCAACAGCUGAGGAAGUGUGACUGGAGCGUGACUCAAAACGGCAGGCAUUAUGGCCCCAGUGCCACUGACGACACUUUGGGGAUUACUUGGCAAAGUCCUGGUACCUGGGCGAGCUUAGUUCCAUUCCAAGUAUCGAACGGGACUCCGAUUCUGCCAACAAAUGUCCACCAGAACUACAGCAUAAACAUCAUUGGUGAGCCGCUGGUCCCCGCUGAGACAGGGAACUGAACACAGAGCCCCCCCCCC